GUGAUGGGGUGCAGGUCACGGAACCUGAAGAGAUUGCGGGCGUUUAUGCCUCGUUGCCUCCGGCCCUUCUCAAAGAAGCCAAGAGCUUCGUCCUGGCCGAGAGGGCUGGAAUGAGCUUCGGCGACGGCCGAAACAGGCGAACUCAGCAGCUCGUUUGGAAGCCGAGUGCGACUCUCACUGCGGGCUUGGCCGGCGACGCCGACAAUCGUUUGGACGGUUGGGGUUUGAAAGGCGGUUGGUUGGGUCU